AUGCCCCCUGCCCUCUCCUUCCGCAAUAUGUAUAUAUACAAUCACUUCCAACCAGCAAGGACAGUCCAAUGGAAGGGUUCGGCCGGGGCUCAGCUCUCAGAUGGCGGGAAGUCCAACAAUACCUUUCAACUUUCUGAUAUCAAAACGAGAAGAAACUUGAAGAUUGCCGCCAUUCAGCCAGUUCCACAUGUGAUGUCCAUAGAUAUCAACUGGGAGGCCGCCACCUCUGGUCCUGAUGGCGAGAAACUUGCUGAACGAAUCCGUUCCUUCAUCCACGACAAGUUCCAGCAAAUAGCGCUUCCGCGAUUCAUUCGCUCAGUGGAGGUAAACUCGUUUGACUUCGGCACUGUUUCGCCAGAGCUUCAGGUUAGGGAUAUAUGCGAUCCAUUUAAUGACUUUUACGAAGAAGAUGAAGAUGGUGAAGACUUAUCGGAGAGUUCUGUCAGCGAUGAGCCUGCUCCUUCGAGCCAGGGUUUGAGCCAGUCGACUCCGAAUGGUGAUGCGGGCAGCAGCAACAGUAGCAGCAAUGGUGACGGCGGUGGGAAUACCAACAGUCGAGUUGGGUACUUCCAGAGAAGAUAUCCGUCCGGGGAAUAUGCAGGCGAUUUCCCACAGCCACUGAUGUCCCCUAUCAACCUUGGGGAGUCAUUUAACCCCUAUCUCUUCCCUCGAGCGGGAACUCCAGGGAUCCCAGGAGGGACGUCCAACCUCGGAUACUAUAAUAUGCCGCGUGGGGGGCUAUCUGGAACCCAGACGCCUCUGGCAUCCGUGGCGUCAGUGGCACGGGGCGGUCCGCUAUCACUAGCAGAGGGAUGGCCGCCUCCUGCACGGCAAAGGGAGCGGGCGCGCAGCUCAGACGCAGAUGUAGACUCCCCCCAGUCUAGGUCUCGCCCGUCAACGUCCAGUACGCGUCAGCGCACUUCUACUGAUGGCGGUACGCCUCAUGACUCAGCAGAGAUACCGGAAUCCGAAUCCGUAAUUACAGGCCACCUCGAUAGCGCACUGCCUACACGGCGCAUGAGAGAGCAGAAACCAGAUGAUUUCCAGGUUCUGUGCCGUCUGCAGUAUUCCGGGAACAUGAGGUUAUCGAUUACGGCUCAGAUACUGCUUGAUUAUCCAAUGCCUAGUUUUGUCGGGCUGCCGCUGAAGCUUAAUAUUACUGGAUUCACGUUCGACGGGGUUGCUGUUGUAGCUUACAUUCGGAAGAGGAUACAUGUAUGCUUCCUCUCUCCGGAGGAUGCGGAUACUUUACUUGGAGCGGACGAUAAGAUGGCUUCUACUGAAGGCUAUCAUGAUCACCAUAACCACCAUCACUCUGGGAAUACGAAUACGACUGGCUCACGACGUUCAAACGACAGCCUGCUACGAGAAAUACGGGUGGAAAGUGAGAUUGGACGCAAGGAGAGCGGGAAGCAAGUGUUGAAGAACGUGGGCAAAGUAGAGAAGUUUGUUCUCGAGCAGGUUCGUCGAAUAUUUGAAGAGGAGUUUGUGUACCCGAGCUUCUGGACAUUCCUCGUUUGA